GUCCGUUGGCUUCGCCGAAUCGACGUCAUUAUCGCAUUCGCCACCCCCAUGGCGAUGGCGAUUGCACUGCCCUCAACACACGAUCCCAUCUGCGUAGGUUGCCCUAUCAACUACGACGGCAAAGCGAAAUGGGAUGCGUGGAAUGCGCGCCGUGGCAUGUCAAAUGCUGCUGCUCAAGCUGAAUACGUGCAGCUCGUCCAUGCUAUCUUGCCAGAGGAUGCACCUAAUUCCGAGUCCGCUUCAUCUGGAACGUCAAGACAGUCAAUGGCUCGCCGCAUCAAGCGAUACAAACCGCAGAAAGCAGGCCAGACGUCGUUCCCGCGUCUUGUGGGAACCUUUUUCGGCACGCUUGCGCUGCUUCUGGUGGCGACGACCGUCGCCAUCUCACUCAGUCGAACGAUCUCGGAUGUGUGCCGUCCGCUCGCUCAUGCUUCCGGUGCAUGCGAUAUCUGGCUGGCCAGCCAUUCGAUUCGUGUUACUGUGGGAUGGGUGUCGAUUGGGCUUGCGUUCGGGACGUUGCUGCAAUCGAAUUUGCUCCAGUGGAACAUACUGUCUGUGCUGUACUACGUGGACGCGCCACGUGGUACGGCGCAGGAACGGUCGGAGGCGUCGGAAGGCGCCGCCGACCUCGACCUCCUCCAUUCACUCGGCCUUGUGCUUGGCAAAGUCGGCGCUGCGACCGAAGAGCAUCCCGUCAUGGUGUUCAAACCGGUCCCCGGCUCGGCUGCGCUCGGGUCGACUCGAUCCGUCCUGGAACACCCCAUCGAAAUCACGGCCGACAUGCAUUUCCGCCGCUUCAAAGAGCCUUUUCCAGACCCGGCGCAGCCUGCGAUCGCCGGGAUUGAGUUGGUUGAGGAGGUGCCACUUCCCAAAUGGCGCUGCGUCUACCGCAAACGCCGACUCAAGCUCCAGAACAACACGCCAGGAUUCAUCAAACGAUUUGCGAACGCCGAGUUCUUUGACGUGGCCGAGGAAUCGCUGUGGGACCAGGCCAACCAUGUGCUGUACGUCCGAGGCCGCAACGAAAGCUUUGCGCACUUGGUUCUCGUCGAGGACUUUUUGUUGUUUCAGCGCCACGACGAACGCGACGGCUGGAGCCAAAUGACGCAGACGGGGGCAUGCACGAUCGGCGGCGCAUUUGGCUUUUUGCGAGGCACGGUGGAAGGGUUUGUGCGGGAGAGCUACGGCAAAUCGGUCAAGAAGGCGCAGGACCAUCUCGUGGACAGACUGGACGAAGAGGUCGCGGUCCGCAGUGCCUCCCGUGCUUUGCCAUAAACCAAAUGGAUCGACGCUCGAAUGACGACGUGGGAACCAACUUGCGUUGCGACGAGUUCACAUGUUCGUGACUGCGGUGGCUUGCAUCGUCGACCCGCAGGCAGGAAGGACCGACCACUUGGACGAGAUCCGAGCGGUCACAAAGCCAACCGUGCGGGGGCACGUGUCACUGGAGUCGUCCAUCUCCGGCCAAAUCGCCGCCGUGCGUGGGUUUUUCGCAUGCACAUGUGUGGCCCAGAACAAUCGCGACUCCUUGCCGACCUCGCGUGGUUGGUAUUAGAAAACGUUAUGUGUGGCUCGACAGCGUGGCUGUGCUGGAUGCGGUGGAAUGGAUGUCGGGUGUGCCGCAGCGCCUCAAACACAUCGCGGUGGUCAGGUGGUCGACGCUGGACGCGAGUAGAUGCAGCACUUGGUGGCGUAUCGUAUGCAGUGAAAUGCAAUACGCCAGCACGGAAACAUGGAUGGACGAGUCCUCGCACGACAUUCGGUGGAGAGCAAUGGCGGUGACGAUGACUAGAAGCAUGGGCAGCCACGAAUCCUGCACCAUUGUGGCACCCACCAUCGCAAUCUGCAUCCACGUCCUGGCCAUGUUGCAUAUGUGUUCAAGCAAAAUGAAUCGGUCCAGGUUGAGCGAGGCUCGGCGCGGCUCGCCGUCGACGCGACGGAUCGGGGACCUGCAUAGCGGGCACGAGAUGGCUUGUUGGCAUCGCACAGUCCACUUCGAGAGGCACUCGUGGCAGAACGCAUGGCCGCAGGACGUCCUGAACGGAUAGAAGAAUGAAUCGUAGCAGAUAGCGCACUCGACUGGCAUCGCGAAGUGGUCCACUCCGCACGGCGUCGACUGGUCAACGAUCCGUUUCGC